CAUCACAGUUGCAGGAUGGAUAGAAUAGCCUCUCACCUGGAAAAGUCCAAAAACUUCCGUAUCGAGGCACUCCUGGCUCACGAUGUGGGCGUCGAGGGCGGGUCUCCAGAGGCGACCUACACCGGGAGUCCGAGGUCCGAGACGCCCUCCCCUCGGCCUGCGAACGCCGCACAAACCCAGCCUGGAAUGACGCCACUGGGACCCCUCUACAACUUUUCCCAAUCGGGAUUCUCCGCAAUGUACGCCGGGGGCUUCCUCGGAAUGCAUCCGAGGUCCGUGUACCCCUUGGCGGCUAUAGGCGCCCAGCCGCCCGCCUUCGUGUAUCCCGGCUUCCCGCAGCUGGUCCAGCCGUACCCGGGCCACUUGAAGGCGGGCACUGUGGCCGGGGUGCACCCACUGGAGCCCUGGAUCAGAGCAGGAAUGAUGUUACCGAGACUCGGAGAAUAUGGAGCACCAGCCCAAGCAGGGUUGUUGGGGAAGUGUCGUAAACCGAGGACUGCGUUCACCAGCCAGCAGCUGUUGGAACUCGAAAACCAGUUCAAGCUUAACAAGUACCUAUCCAGACCCAAACGCUUUGAGGUGGCCACUUCCCUUAUGCUGACAGAGACUCAGGUUAAAAUCUGGUUCCAGAACAGACGAAUGAAGUGGAAGCGAAGCCGUAAAGCCAAGGAGCAAGCAAGCCCGGCGUCUCCGUUGAGUGACUGUGAAAUAGCAGAGAGCGUCCAACUUCAGGCAGACUCUCCCAUCCCUAGCUUGGAGGAUGAAGAUGAACUCCAAGGCGAGGAUGGGGACGAGGAACCGAGUGUUCUGACAGGCUCUAUUAGCUCCCUCUUGAGGCACGCGGGAGGAGCGGCAGGGAACUACAGCUCAUAUUUAGAACAAGAGCUAGAGGAGGGAAGUUCAAGAAGAAACGGGGUUUUCCCAUAG